CAACUGUUGUACUAGAGUGUCUUCGUCUACAUGUGGAAGUGGAACUAUGUCAAUCGGCACCUGAGAGUGAAGCGGUCAUUUUCCGACCUCGGUUUAAGAGGACAAAUCGAGCGCAAAGCCACAGGUCUCUAGGGUAUUUCCGUUCGCAGCGGAACUCUGCGCUUUCUACCAUGGCGUCGCCUCCUCGGUCGCGCAUCAAUCAGUUUUUUGUUUCAAAGAAAAGGAAGCCUUUAUCACCUGUUCUGAAGUCUGGGAGAAAUGAAAAAGAUGUCAAAGUUAAGGUAGAAGGUUCUCCCAGUGCCAAAGGCACUUUGGACAACUACUUGCUGGCUUCACAGGAAAAUAAUAUCACUUCGGAGCCUUCUUACAAAGUUUGUGAUUCCUUAGCCCAGCAAGACCAAGUUAGAAGGAAUUUGACAUCAGAGAUUGAUAAUUCCUUGAAAGAUGAAUUUAAACAGCUCCCUUUGUCUUCUCAACUGCACUCUGAAGCUAAUGAUGUUUCCCAAGCAAAUCAGAAGGAAACAUCAAGGGGAUUAACCAAGGUGGGUGAUGUGAAGGAGUACCCAGCUUUCACAGAAGGCGAAGAUCGUGCAGAGCUCAAAGACUUUGCAGCAGAUUUUUUGUCUUUGUAUUGCAGUGAUCUUCGACCGAAUGAAAGUUCUCUGUCAGAGCUGAAGGUGAAUGACCAUAAGAGACAAGCUAGCCCAUCUUUGCUUGACCGGGAGGAUAAGACAUUUAAAAAGAGGCAUUGCAUUACCAAUCAGUCACAUGUGGAACAUGAAACCAGUUACUCUAGUGAGAAGAGUUCUGAAGCCAUGCAGUCUGUUUGUGUUGAUAAAAAUGGGGUUACCAUUGUUAAUGAACUGCUCGAGCUUCAACCAACCCUGAAAGCAUGCAGUAAUACAGCAAAACUAUCUCUAGACAUGUUUGAAUGCUAUACACCAGGCUCGCUGACUAGAAAAACUAGUGUUCGUGAAACCCCCAAGUCGACACGUGGAAGCUCAUCAUUUUCACCUGGAGAAGCUUUUUGGGAUGAUGCAAUUCAACUUGCCGAUGGUCUGUGUGCACAGGCAGCAGAAGUAAUUAGUGUUGCAGAUGGCCAAUAUCGUAGUAAAAGUUCAUGCAAUUUGAGAAAUGCACGCUGUGACGGCAAGUCAAAGGAAAUUCUGGAUGAAGGUGAGUGGAUGGGUAAGGGUGGUGAUACAGGGCCAAUGGGGAAGCAUAGAAAGGAUUUAGAUAAAGAAGUGUCCCCACUGCCUGUUAAACAUUUUGAUUUCUCUUGUGAGGACAAAAAUUUGGAUAAAAGUGUACCACAUCAUUUGGAUGCAUACAACUUAAAGAGUGCGGCUCAUGUGGGUGGCGAGCAAUCUGAAUCCAGUCUUAGAGACCCUAGAGGUCUGAGAAAUACUAUGAUGAUCCGUUGCAACAAAUCUCAGGAAAAUCAAGUGACGUUUAGAGAUCAAUAUACAAAUUCUGUUAAUGCAGUCACCAACAUGAAAUUAGAUUUGACAGGCAAGGAUAUUACAUCUUAUUCACCAGUUGAUGAAGUCGUGAAGUUGACUGGUAACCAUGAAUCUGACGAAGCAAGUACUCCUUCAAGUUUUGUGCCACUCAAAGAUCAUCUAGAUCUGAACAGUUGGCUUCCACCAGAAAUAUGCAGCCUAUAUAGAAAGAAAGGAAUUUCAAAACUUUAUCCUUGGCAGGUUGACUGCCUUCAGGUGGAAGGUGUAUUGCAGAGAAGGAAUCUUGUGUAUUGCGCAUCAACAAGUGCUGGCAAAAGUUUUGUUGCAGAAAUUCUAAUGUUGCGGAGGGUCUUAUCAUCGGGAACAAUGGCUAUACUUGUACUUCCUUAUGUAUCAAUUUGUGCAGAAAAGGCAGCACAUUUGGACGUACUUCUUGAACCACUUGGUAAGCAUGUUCGUAGUUACUAUGGAAACCAAGGUGGUGGAACACUUCCCAAAGAUACUUCUGUAGCUGUCUGCACAAUAGAAAAGGCAAACUUUUUGAUAAACAGGCUGCUGGAAGAGGGUCGUCUUUCAGAAAUUGGAAUUAUUGUAAUAGAUGAACUGCACAUGGUUGGCGAUCCAAGUAGGGGUUAUCUUCUGGAACUUUUGUUGACAAAACUUCGUUAUGCAGCUGGUGAAGGAAAUUCUGAAUCAAGUAGUGGAGAAAGUUCAGGUAUGAGCAGUUGUAAGGCUGACCCUGCUCAUGGUCUCCAAAUUGUUGGGAUGAGUGCAACUAUGCCAAAUGUGGCAGCAGUUGCUGAUUGGCUUCAGGCUGCACUGUACCAGACAGAAUUUCGACCCGUGCCAUUAGAAGAAUAUAUUAAAGUCGGUAACACCCUAUAUAACAAGAAAAUGGAAAUUGUUAAAACGAUCCCCAAAGCAACUGACCUUAGUGGUAAAGAUCCUGAUCAUGUUGUGGAACUGUGCAAUGAGGUUGUUCAAGAGGGUCUUUCCGUGUUGAUAUUCUGCUCUAGUCGAAAAGGAUGUGAAUCAACUGCGAGGCAUGUUUCAAGAUUUCUCAAGAAAUUUUCAGUUAACAUUCGCAGUGAUGACAGUGAAUUUAAGGAUGUCACGUUGGCUAUUGAUGCCUUACGAAGGUGUCCUGCCGGUCUGGAUCCAGUUUUAGAAGAAACUCUUCCUGCUGGUGUUGCUUAUCACCAUGCUGGGCUCACGGUUGAGGAGAGAGAGAUUGUCGAAACUUGCUACCGUAGAGGCCUUGUACGUGUCUUAACUGCUACAUCUACCUUAGCAGCUGGGGUUAAUUUGCCAGCUAGGAGGGUCAUUUUUCGCCAGCCCAGGAUUGGUCGUGAUUUUAUUGAUGGGACAAGGUACAGACAGAUGGCUGGUCGGGCUGGUCGAACUGGAAUAGAUACAAAGGGAGAAAGUGUACUUAUUUGCAAGCCAGAAGAGAUAAAAAGAAUCAUGGGAAUUAUUAAUGAAAGCUGUCUGCCAUUGCGUUCUUGUCUAUCUGAAGAUAUGAAUGGAAUGACCCAUGCAAUCUUAGAAGUUGUAGCUGGGGGAAUGGUUCAAACUGCUAAUGACAUUCAUCGAUAUGUUAGGUGCACACUUCUAAACUCCACUAAACCUUUUCAGGAUGUGGUGAAAUCAGCACAGGAAUCCCUGCGGUGGUUAUGCCACAGGAAAUUUGUAGAAUGGAAUGACGAUACUAAGUUAUACAGUACUACACCUCUUGGACGUGCAGCAUUUGGCAGUUCCCUAUGCCCUGAAGAAUCACUUAUUGUGCUGGAUGAUCUUUCAAGAGCAAGAGAAGGGUUUGUGCUUGCAUCUGAUUUGCAUUUAGUUUACCUAGUAACACCAAUAAAUGUUGAUAUGGAGCCUGAUUGGGAACUGUAUUAUGAACGAUUCAUGGAAUUGUCUGCUCUUGACCAGUCUGUUGGCAAUCGUGUUGGAGUGACAGAACCUUUUUUGAUGCGCAUGGCACAUGGUGCACCUAUGCGUUCAUCAAACAGGUUUAGAGAAAAUAUGAAAGCGUUGCAUGGAAAGUAUGAAAACCGACCUGGAAUCACAAACAAUACUGUGCUUCUGGAUGAUCAGAUACUUCGAGUGUGUAAACGGUUCUAUGUUGCUCUCAUCCUUUCAAGACUAGUUCAGGAAGCUGCUAUCACUGAGGUAUGUGAAGCAUUCAAAGUGGCCAGAGGUAUGGUGCAGGCCUUACAAGAGAAUGCUGGAAGGUUUGCUUCUAUGGUGACCAUGUUUUGUGAGAGGCUUGGAUGGCAUGAUCUCGAAGGCUUGGUUUGCAAGUUCCAAAAUCGUGUUUCAUUCGGAGUAAGAGCAGAGAUUGUAGAGCUUACUACAAUUCCAUAUGUUAAGGGUUCUCGAGCAAGGUCACUCUAUAAAGCUGGCUUGCGUACGCCUUUAGCAAUUGCUGAAGCAUCCGUUGCUGAAAUAGUUAAAGCUCUUUUUGAAUCUUCAUCAUGGACUGAACAAGAAGGUUCAGCUCAAAGGCGCAUCCAUUUAGGAGUAGCCAAGAAGAUCAAGAACGGUGCACACAAAAUAGUUCUUGAAAAGGCUGAAGAGGCAAGAGUUGCUGCCUUCUCAGCUUUUAAAGCACUUGGAUUGGAUGUCCCACAAUUUUAUCGACCUGUAUUUUCAUCUGGUGGUGGAAGUUCCAGUAUGCAAGGAGCAGGAAAUUCCUCUGGUGAUAACUCCACUAGUAGCUUUCCUAUUGUUGAGCGCAUGGAGCAUGCUGCUAAGCCAUCUUUGGAAGGAAGGGUUCUUUCUGGAAAGGUUGCACUAGAAAGCAGAGAAAAGUUGACGAAAACAUCAGAUAUUGGUGGGGUGGCUUCAGCCGAAGUAUAUUCAACUGGUGUCAUGCAAAUUAAGUUUGGUCCUGAUAAUUCUACAGUAUCAAUUCAAGGGUCUGCUACCCUUGGGGAUGAGCUUAAGGCGGCUUUUGAUCAGAACAAAAAUGCUGAUUUGACUGACCAUGUUCAGUUACAAAGCUUAGGUGAUAGAACUAGGGUAUCUGAUGAGUCUUUUGAUCUUGAAAAACAGGAACGCUGUAAAAGGGUGAACUUGUCUCCUGGAUUUAAGGGCAAUGCUUGUGACAAAGGCCCUAUUCAUGCAAUUAAUACUCUUGGUGGAUUUGAUUCCUUUUUGGAUAUGUGGGAAACCACCUCAGAGUUCUAUUUUGAUAUUCACUACAACAAAAGAUCAGAAUUGAACUCUGUUGCCCCCUUUGAAAUACAUGGCAUAGCCAUCUGUUGGGAAAAUUCUCCUGUGUAUUAUGUCAAUAUUCCUAAGGAUCUGCUGUGGUCUGACAAUAGUGAAAAUAAAUGCUUGCAUUUGAGUGGAUCAGGCAAUAGAAGUAAUGUGUUACCUCUUGAUGAUAUGUUGGAGAUGGCUAGACGUAGAUGGAAAAGGAUUGGUGAAAUAAUGGGGAAAAGAGGUGUUAGAAAAUUUGCUUGGAAGUUGAAAAUUCAGAUUCAGGCACUUAAAAGUCCUGCAGUUCAUGCUCAGAGAUUUGGUUGCCAAAAUAUUGCAGGGAAAAGUACUUGUUUUGAAAUCAUAGACAACUCGUUGUUAUUGUUGCCUCCAGUUCAUAUAAAAGAUGGAAUUGACAUGUGCAUUGUGGCCUGGAUUCUUUGGCCUGAUGAGGAGAGAAGCUCUAAUCCUAACCUGGAAAAGGAAGUUAAGAAAAGGUUAUCCAGUGAGGCUGCAGCAGCUGCAAAUCGGAAUGGCAGGUGGAAGAAUCAGAUGCGAAGAGCUGCACAUAAUGGUUGCUGCCGUCGGGUUGCACAAAUACGAGCCUUAUGUUCUGUUCUUUGGAAGUUACUUGUUUCUGAAGGCCUUACUGAGGCACUUGUAAAUAUAGAAAUCCCGUUGGUUAAUAUUCUUGCCGACAUGGAGCUGUGGGGAGUGGGUCUUGACAUGGAGGGAUGCCUGCAAUCACGCAAGGUGUUGGGGAAAAAGCUAAGGCAGCUUGAGAAGGAAGCUUAUAAACUGGCUGGCAUGACAUUUUCAUUAUAUACAGCAGCAGAUAUUGCUAAUGUGUUGUAUGGACACUUAAAGCUGCCCAUACCAGAAGGGCGCAAUAAGGGGAAACAACAUCCAAGUACGGACAAGCAUUGCUUAGAUUUAUUAAGGGACGAGCAUCCUAUUAUUCCCGUCAUUAAAGAGCACCGGACAUUGGCAAAACUCUUAAACUGUACAUUGGGAUCAAUUUGUUCACUCGGUAGGCUAUCCAUGAAGACACAGAAGUACACAUUACAUGGUCAUUGGCUCCAAACAUCAACAGCAACUGGUCGGCUUUCAAUGGAGGAACCUAAUCUCCAGUGUGUUGAACAUAUGGUUGACUUCAAAAUACAUAAGGAUGAAAAAGGAAGCGAAACUAAUGUUGAUUAUUACAACAUUAAUGCUCGGGAUUACUUUAUUCCUACUCAGGACAACUGGUUAAUGUUAACUGCAGAUUAUUCUCAGAUAGAAUUGCGGCUGAUGGCACAUUUCUCUAAAGACUCGGCACUUAUUGAACCCCUUAGUAAGCCCGAAGGUGAUGUCUUCACCAUCAUAGCAGCUAGAUGGACUGGGAUUUCAGAAGAUUCUGUUAGUUCUCAUGUACGAGAUCAGACCAAAAGGUUGGUGUAUGGCAUUCUUUAUGGAAUGGGUGCUAACAGCCUUGCAGAACAACUCGACUGCAGUCCAGAAGAAGCUUCUGAAAAAAUACAAAACUUUAAAAGUUCUUUUCCUGGAGUUGCUUCUUGGCUCAAUGAAGCAGUUGCAUAUUGCCGUAAGAAAGGAUACAUCGAAACCCUUAAGGGAAGAAAACGAUUUUUGUCAAAAAUAAAAUUUGGAAACAGUAAAGAAAAGUCGAAGGCUCAGAGACAAGCUGUGAAUUCUAUAUGUCAGGGAUCUGCUGCUGACAUAAUCAAGAUUGCAAUGAUAAAUAUAUACUCCGUGAUAGUAGAAGGAGUUGAAAGGCCCAAUUCUACUUCUCAACUUGCAACAAAGUUACAUAUACUGAAGGGCCGCUGCAGAAUUUUAUUACAGGUACAUGAUGAAUUAGUACUGGAAGUUGAUCCUUCUGUGAUAAAGGAAGCUGCUUUGCUGUUACGGACAAGCAUGGAAAAUGCUGUUUCGCUUCUUGUUCCCUUGCAAGUGAAAUUGAAAGUUGGAAAAUCGUGGGGUUCUUUGCAACCUUUCCAGGCCAAUCAUUAACAGCCCAUAUACUUAUGGCAUUAAUUCAUUCUUUUUAUUGGAGUUGGUAUCAUACAACUGACCAUAAGGGUCC